AUGUCUGACGGUGUGUUUACCGGGGAGGAAUUCGAUUCUCUGGGAGCCAUGGCAGCAUUUGUCAUGGAUGAGAUAUUUAUCAAUAUCUCCAGAUUUUUUUUCGUGGAGAACAUCGACCGCAUCAGGAACUACUGUUUUAAUAAAAACAAGAAGGACAUCUUAGCCAUGAUGCUGCAAGAGAAAGCAACGUUUGGGCCUGUUUCAAACUGGACAUCAGAGACACUUGACCAGGUGGAUAGAUUUGUUUUCUUUCUGCCCAGUACAUCAGUGAAGCAAAUAAGUAAGAGUCUCAUGACGGUGGAGAGAAUGGAGAGGCUGUUCCAGAGCCAGAGACAGUGGGAGAAGAGUGCGUUUGGCGCCAUCUGUGAGCAAAACAGGGACAUGACUGAACUGGAUGGAAUGUUUGCAACCCAGCAGUUCAUGCUGCAGUAUUUCCUGGGAGUGCUGGGAAUAGGAGUGCUUCCGAAAUUAGCUCUGGUCCCAAGCUGCAGCAAUGUGCGAGCCACUCUGCCUUCGGCCUGGGCUGUGGACAGUCUGACCAGCAUGUCUGCUGACCACUUCAGCAACUGCCUGGAGGCCAUCGGACAAGACCCCAACUUCCAGCCUGGAGAGCUCACCCUGCUGAUGGGGAAAGUUAAACAGAUCUACGGGCCAGCCUCUGCACUGACUCCCACAGUGAUCCAACAGCUGGGGAGGAUUGCCACGCAGUUCACCAGCGACGAGCUGCAGAAACUCAAAUUGAAUGACCUGGCAGCUAUCACGGCUCUGGGUAGAAUCAAAACCUGGACCAGCAGACAGCUCUCAGUUCUGUAUGCUGCCGUUCUGAACUCCACGAAACUGACUGGGAGUGACCUGGAUGCCAGUACUCUGGUGGCUUUGGGGUAUGGAAUCUGUGGAAUAAAAGCUUCGGAAAUACCAGCGAUGAAUCCGGUGGAAUUCAGGUAG